AUGAUAAAGAAGCCGAAAACAGAACUUUUAACAGCAUCCUCCACCACGGAUUGGCAAUCAGGUAUUUCGUAUCCAGAAAUUAUUAAAUCAACAAAUGGAUUUUCAAUCGACAAUUUGAUCGGUUCUGGCAGUUUUGGCUCUGUCUACAAAGGAGUUUUAUCUGGUGAUGGUUCAGUGGUGGCAAUAAAAGUAUUAAACCUUGAACAACAAGGAGCUUCCAAGAGUUUCAUACAUGAAUGCAAAGCUCUGAAAAGUAUGAGGCACCGUAACCUCCUCAAGAUCAUCACUGCCUGUUCAAGCGUCGAUUAUCAAGGUAAUGACUUCAAAUGUCUAAUUUUCGAGUUCAUGUCCAAUGGAAGCCUAGACUUUUGGCUGCAUCCAAACGAUGGUGAGCAGCGUAAUACCAAGAAUUUGAGCAUCAUUCAGAGACUAAACAUAGCUAUUGAUGUUGCCUCUGCAUUGGAUUAUCUCCAUCACCAUUGUGAAACACCAAUUGUUCAUUGUGAUCUAAAGCCAAGUAAUGUACUCCUUGAUGAGGAUAUGACGGCUCAUGUUGGUGACUUUGGAUUGGCAAGAUUCCUACUGGAAACACCAAACAAUCCCUCCAAAAAUCAGACCAUGUCAAUUGGGCUAAAGGGUUCUGUCGGGUACAUACCUCCAGAGUAUGUUAUGGGUGGCCAAGUCUCCACACUAGGUGAUGUUUACAGCUAUGGGAUACUCUUGCUAGAGGUAUUCACCGGUAAAAGACCAACAGAAGACAUCUUCACAAAUGGUCUAAACCUUCCCCAGUUGGUGGCAAUGGCUUUGCCUGAAAAUGUCAUGGAGGUAGUAGACCCAUCAUUGCUCUUGGCUGAAGAAGAAGAUAACUUAGACGAGAAUGAAGACGACGAAGAAGAAAGAGCAAUAAUCAAGGAUGAUGAUCCCCAAUGCACUCCUAGUAGAAAUCAAAUGGGGAAUGCUUGGUAUCAGUGA